AUGUCAAGUCGAACCCUUCGGUCGGGCAAAGUGGUUGGUGAGAACGGUAGUGCAAAUAGUGGUGUGCAAGUGGUGGUCACGGCAGAUCCAGAGGAGUCGUUUCCCGGGCGGACAUGCCAGGUGUGCCGAGGAUUGGAUUCUGACGAGAUGGUGCGAUGCGACGUGUGUUCCAAGUGGCAUCACUUCCGGUGUGUAGGAGUCACGCAGCAAAUAGAGAAUUUUCCCUGGAGUUGUGCCAAAUGCGAAUCAGCGAAAGGUGUUCAGGAAACUAGUUCUACUGCAGCUCUUCUUCAAGGUGGUGAAGGUCCUUCAGGGCAGUCGUUCGAUUCGUACACGAAUAGACUCGCAGUACCACCACAGCAUCAACUUCAACAUCAACACCAGCAGCAGUCACAGCAACAGCGGCAGCAGCGACCUGAUGUAACGGCUAGCCAACAAGCCAUCUCGUUUGCACGUGAUAAGGCGAACCAAACUAAAGAAGCCGAUCAAGCACCGUUCGUUACUUCUCUACAGUGGGUCGUAUCUCCUUCUCGAAACGAAUCCAAAACUUCAUCGGAAUCUUCAAGUCGAUCUUCACAAACUCUUGCUAAGCUGAAACUCCAAAUGCUGGAGGAGGUGAGGAACAUCGAGCGUCGUGAAGCAGAGCGGCAAAGAAUUAUAGCUGCAGAGGAAGCAGAAAAGGAGAAAGCCUUCGUGGAGCAAAAGUACCAGCUACUGGAGCGAGCCUUGAGCGAUAACGGUUCAUCUAAAAGCGGUUCGAUCACCCGAACGCGAAACUGGAUCACAGCCACAAAUGCUUUCCACAGUGAGCCAACAGCCGAUCAAGGCAAAGGUCUAGUCAACGCGAACAUUCCGGCGGGCCAGAUGCAGGUUUGGAACCCAGCAGUUGUGCGAGCUGGUAGUACUCGCUCGUCGCUAGUAGAACCAACCCCUCCAGAUCCAUUUCCAGUACCGGAGUCUAUGCUAAACUUCCCAGCAGAUCAACCGGCAUUGAACUCCGGAAUGCGGCGGUUAGCUCUCGGGUCAACGGAUCGAGCUCCGCGGCCGACACAGCCUCAACCGAUUCCAAAUGUCGAGCCUUCACGUCGAGUGUCGAUGGCAGAGGUAUCCCACUCUAACGGACACGGAGUAGCUGCACCGACUCAACACAUGGAAGGAAACCCAUUGCGUCAAUUUCCACAUAACGUGUCAGUUCCGGAGUACCAACGAUUCGGCCCACACUCGAACCAACCACCGAUUCAUCAGCAGAACCAUCUCCAUUCAUCUACCAUGCAAGACCAUCGAUUCUACGACCAAGAUGGAGAAGUAGAAAGUGAUCAAUACCCGAUCACUCGGAAGCAGUUGGCUGCCCGACAAGCCUUUUCAAAAGAUCUUCCAACGUUUUCAGGAGAUCCGGAAGAGUGGCCUUUGUUUUUAUCCACCUUCAACAGCACUACCGCUCUGUGUGGGUUCACCAAUGAUGAGAAUAUCGUCCGCCUGCAGCGAAGCUUAAAGGGUCGAGCGUAUGAAGCGGUCAAAAGCCGACUGCUCCACCCAACGAACGUCAGCGGUGUCAUGUCGACGCUCAAAAUGUUGUUCGGGCAACCAGAAGUUAUCGUUCACUCGAUGAUGGCGAAGAUAAACUCUGUCCCGGCACUGAGAGAGGAUAAAUUAGAAAGCAUCGUAGAUUUUGCCGUCAGCGUUCAAAAUUUCUGUGCAACCGUGGACGCGUGUGGAUUGGAUGAAUACUUCUAUAAUAUGACCUUCCUCCACCAACUCGUGAACAAACUGCCCCCUUCGAUCAAGUUGAGUUGGGCACAGUACCGUUUAUCACUACCGACAGUGAAUUUGUCAUCUUUCAGCAGUUGGCUUUAUUCUCUAGCAGAAGCUGCUAGCGCCGUUACCAUCCCAUACAAUACCUUCGAAUCCAAAUCUGCACGUAGUGACUCCCGAGCGACGAACAAGGGCAACUCAUUCGUCAACGCUCAUUCUGAGGAAACAUCACCAGAUCAUAGCUCUACAGCGUCAUUAAACGCGAAUGGUGCAGCCAAUAGCUGCCCAGUAUGCAAGGGAAGCUGCAAGUCGAUCACGAAAUGCGCACGUUUUCUGGAAUUCUCACGCGAUUCUCGUUGGGCCACUGUUCGAGAUCUAGGCCUUUGCCGCCGAUGUCUACGCCAACAUAAGGGUGGAUGUCAAGCCAAACUGUGUGGCAGGAAUGGGUGUGAGCUGAAGCACCAUGAGCUGCUGCACAACGAGCAGAAGAGCGCGCCGUGGAGAGCAAACACUUCUUCAAGUGAUACUAGCAGAUCAUCACCGAAUCAACGUGAGGAAUCCACUUCACUCCCAAUGCAAGAUUCCACCGAUCACGGGUGCCAUACUCACCAAGUCACCUCUAGUCAGGUGUUGUUUCGCUACCUACCCGUAGUGCUACAUGGAAAACACCGAUCUAUCGAGACAUUUGCCUUUUUGGACGACGGAUCCGAGCUCACCUUACUUGACGAGGAGCUUGCGGAUGAACUACAGCUAGAGGGAGAAGAAUCAUCGCUAUGCCUGCUUUGGACUGGAGGAGCAAAACGUCGAGAGGAUUGCUCAAAAAUCGUUCAGCUAGAGGUAGCCGCAAAACACAACGAUUCCAAGAAGUACACUAUGCAUGGAGUACGCACGGUUUCUGAACUACUUCUUCCAUCGCAAACACUCAACUUCGAAGAGUUGUCUGAGCGGUACCAGCAUCUCAAGGGCCUCCCGAUUAUCUCAUAUCAAGAUGUCCGGCCAAGAAUUCUUAUCGGGAUGAAAGAUCAACACCUCAGCCUUGUCCAGAAGAACCGCGAGGGAGCGCUACAUGAGCCAAUCGCCGUUAAAACUCGGCUAGGAUGGACGGUUUGUGGAGGAGGAACCCUCGAAAAUGCCGCCAAUUUGGUACACUCGGUGUUUCAUAUCUGCACCUGUGAAUCAGCUUCGGAUGAAAACCUUCAUAAAAUGAUGAAGGAAUACUUCGCAGUAGACAGUUUAGGAAUUUUUCAGUCAAAACAACCUCUACUUUCGGCAGACGAAGAACGAGCGCAAACGCUGCUAAAGACUCGAACAGUGUUGAAGGAAAACUGCUAUGAAACAGGAUUAUUAUGGCGUUACGAUGAUGUUCGACUGCCCGACAGUUUUCCGAUGGCUCUUCGACGGCUGCAGUGCCUCAGAAAAAGGAUGGAUAAAGACCCCCAGCUAGCGGAUGCCCUCAACCAAAAGAUCAUCGAUCUCGUCGAAAAAAACUAUGCCAGAAAGCUCACCGAUGACGAACUUUCUGAAAGUUUCGCACGUACGUGGUAUCUGCCGAUAUUUCCAGUAACGAACCCCAACAAGCCGGGAAAAAUUCGAAUGGUGUGGGAUGCUGCCGCGGUCGCCCACGGAGUAUCUCUAAACUCUGUUCUGCUCAAGGGACCGGACCAACUCUGCGAACUUUUCACCAUAUUGGUUCAAUUCCGUGAAGGCAGGAUUGCUUUAACGGGAGACGUGCGUGAAAUGUUCCUGCAAGUGCGCAUGCGACCCGAUGACCAGCAAUGUCAGCGAUUCCUCUGGUAUGAAGGAAAUGGGGCACUCUCAGUCUACGUUUUGCAGGUGAUGACAUUUGGGGCGUGCUGCUCUCCUAGUAGUGCUCAGUUUGUGAAAAACCUGAAUGCCCAGCGUUUCAAAGGGGACUAUCCAGCGGCAGUUGAAGUAAUUCAGAAGCGUCACUACGUUGAUGACAUGCUGGUAAGUGUAUCAACAGAAGAUGAAGCUAUUACACUCGCGCAACAGGUGAAGAAGGUACACGCAGAAGGUGGCUUCGAAAUUCGUAAUUGGAUCAGCAACUCCAGGCGUGUAGCAGACACCUUAGAUGAGGACCCCGCUGAAGAAAAGAACCUCGACCUUUCGCCAGAACUAGCCACGGAGAAGGUGCUUGGCAUGUGGUGGAGUACCGACCUGGAUACCUUUACAUUCAAAGUUGGAUGGGAUCGCUACGGCCGAGCUCUGCUGCAAGGACAGCAGCGUCCAACGAAACGCGAGAUGCUUCGCGUGCUGAUGUCCGUGUUUGACCCGCUUGGACUAAUUGCCCAGUUUUUAAUAUACCUAAAAAUCUUGCUCCAGGACGUCUGGCGCUCCGGCAUCGGCUGGGAUGAUCAAGUCGACGAUAACAUUUUUGAACGUUGGCAAACCUGGCUCCAAGUACUCCCGCAAAUCGAACAUAUCAGGAUUCCUCGGUGCUACUUCGGCGCACAAAGAUCAAACAAUGGAUACGCGCAGCUUCACACGUUUGUGGAUGCCAGUGAAAACGGUAUGGCAGCCGCCUGUUACCUACGUUUCACUUACGAGGAUAUAGUGGAAUGCUGUAUAGUCGCCGCAAAAACUAGGGUCGCGCCGUUGAAGUUUCUGUCUAUUCCCCGAAUGGAGCUUCAAGCGGCUUUACUUGGCGCCCGUCUGGCUCGUACAGUUUCGGAAGCUCUCACAAUCCAGAUCACCCGUAGAAUUUUCUGGUCUGAUUCCCAAGAUGUCCUGUGCUGGAUCAAAUCCGAUCACCGCCGUUACUCACCAUUCGUAGCAUUCCGGAUUAGCGAGAUCCUCGAAUUGACGGAGAUAAUUGAGUGGAGGUACGUUCCCACCGAUCAAAACGUUGCUGACGAUGGAACGAAAUGGAAAGGACUACCAGAUCUUAAACCUCGAGCGAGGUGGUUUAGCGGCCCACAAUUUCUACAUCUCCCAGAAGAAGAGUGGCCACGCACGUCAAGAGGAUCAACAAGCACCGAACUUGAGCUCCGUCCGAGUGCAAUGACACACUUCGUCGCACCUAAUCCCUUAGUAAACGUCAACGAUUUCUCCAGUUGGAGAAGAUUAGCUCGAGUCGUCGCACUGGUUCACCGAUUCUCCAACAACUGCAAGCAGAAGCACCUGAAGAAACCUACUAUGAGCGGUCCAAUCACUAGUCAGGAAAUAACAUUGGCUGAAGCGUACCUACUUCGUCAAGCACAGCUGGAGUCCUACCCUGACGAAGUUGCUCUUCUUCAACGAUCACGACACGAUCAGAAGCUAACUAGAACACCGUUGCCGAAAGCAAGUUCGCUGCACCAAAAAUCACCGUGGUUAGACCAGAAUAGAGUUAUGCGUAUGCGAGGACGCAUCGCCAAUUGCGACUAUGCAACCGAAGAUGCUAAACAUCCAGUUAUCCUGCCCCGUGACCACCCCACCACUAAGUUAAUCAUUGCACACUUCCACCAAAGGUUUCAUCAUCAAAACCACGAGACCGUUAUUAACGAAGUUCGUCAGAAAUUCAGCAUCCCACAACUUCGCUCGACGUAUGCCAAAGUAAGAAAUAGCUGUCAGCGGUGCAAGAAUGACCGUGCAGCUCCCCAAGUUCCAAUCAUGGCGGACCUACCUGCAGCACGCUUAGACGCAUUCUCCCGCCCAUUCACGCAUGCUGGUGUCGACCUGUUUGGGCCGUACGAAGUAGUCAUCGGCCGUCGAGUAGAGAAGCGCUGGGGUAUGCUUGUCACUUGCCUGACAAUCCGUGCUAUCCACGUCGAGGUUGUACACUCCCUCAGCACAGACUCGUGCAUCAUGGCCUUACGUAAUUUCAUUGCAAGAAGAGGGAAACCUCGAACCUUCUUCAGUGAUCGCGGGACCAACUUCAUCGGUGCCAACCGAGCACUCAAAGAAACGGAAAGUACAAUCAAUCAGGAACAGCUGAUGAAGGAAUUCGUAGAUACCGACACUAGCUGGACGUUUCUGCCUCCAGCUUCACCGCACAUGGGUGGAAGCUGGGAACGCCUAAUCGGGAGCGUUAAGAAAAAUCUUAUGGCAAUCCUACCAACUAAGAAGCUUACGGACGAAGUCUUGCGGAACCUACUAACCGAGGUUGAAAGCACUAUCAACUCGAGACCACUGACGCAUGUACCGGUCGACGAUGAUUCAGCCCCCGCUUUAACCCCAAACCAUUUCCUGCUUGGAUCAUCAAAUGGCUCAAAACCUUUGAGCAAUGCCAACGAUAACGGCGUUGCGCUUCGUCAAGGCUGGCGGCUAUCCCAGGUCCAAGCCGACCGGUUCUGGAAACGAUGGGUCACCGAUUAUCUUCCAGAGAUAACCCGUCGCACAAAAUGGUUUACGGAUACUAAACCGAUCGAGAUCAACGACGUUGUAGUGAUUGUCGACCCAAAAUCUCCAAGGAACUGCUGGCCAAGGGGUCGGAUAAUUAAUACCCUCCCCGGACGUGACGGCCAACCACGAUCGGCAACGGUGAGGACUGCAAACGGUAUCUACGAGCGCCCGGUAGCUAAGCUAGCCGUGCUAGAUGUACGGCGCGUUUAG